GUGGAAGGGGGAAAUUACAACCUUUGCCCGGCCUCUGAUCAAGGAUGUAAAGUUUAGAACUCUACAGCUGAGAGGGAACUUCAGUCCUAUUCUUUCCAAGACCAGGAAGUAGUUUGUAUCUCUAAUCAACAUCUCCACAUCUUCUUGAGUAAUGGUUCUGUAGAACCAAGAAGGGCAACUUUCUGAGUUCUCUGGCUCCAUCCUCCCUCCAUCAACAGGGACUUGGAUCCCACAGCAAUUCUCUUUUCUUGGGCUUUUUGAAAAUGGUUCCGCUGAACCUGGCUAUGCGGCAUUUGAAUCGGGCUAUGAUUGGUCCAUUAAUGGAGCCAUAAUCUGGCUAAAUAGGCAAGAGAGAAGAAGAGAAGAGGAAGGAAAAGAGGAGCAAAAGAGAAGAGUGGAAACCUCUGGCUUUCUGACUUUGGUCCUGUAUCAUGAGUGGUGGAAGGUUUGACUUCGAUGAUGGAGGAGCCUACUGUGGGGGCUGGGAAGGUGGCAAAGCCCAUGGGCAUGGCAUCUGUACUGGCCCCAAAGGUCAGGGCGAAUACUCUGGCUCUUGGAACUAUGGUUUUGAAGUGGUGGGGGUAUAUACCUGGCCCAGUGGCAAUACCUAUGAGGGCUACUGGUCUCAAGGAAAGCGACAUGGCUUAGGGAUUGAAACCAAAGGACGAUGGUUUUACAAAGGUGAAUGGACCCAUGGUUUCAAGGGAAGAUACGGCAUAAGGCAGAAUGUCAGCAAUGGAGCAAAGUAUGAAGGUACCUGGAAUAACGGGCUGCAAGAUGGAUAUGGUACAGAGACCUAUGCUGAUGGAGGUACCUAUCAAGGCCAGUUCACCAAUGGCAUGCGCCACGGUUAUGGAGUUCGUCAAAGUGUCCCAUAUGGCAUUGCAGCUGUGGUCCGCAACCCUCUAAGAACCUCCCUUACAUCCCUACGGAGUGAGCACAGCAAUGGCACUCUGCUACAACACGAUUUGCCAUCAGCAAACCAGGAACAUGUUCCCAUGUCACCCACCAUAACUCGGGGUGGCUUUGCUCUCAGCUUGUAUGCAGAUGCUGAUGCUGGGAAAUUAAAGAAGGGGGGAAUCUUCAAGAGGAGCUCCUUGUUUGGGAAAAUCAAGAAAUCUGACUCCAAGACCUCUUUGGCCAGCCAAAGGAGUCGACUCAGUUUCCUUAAGAGUGAGAGUGGGAUGAGUUCUACAGGUAGUGAUGCUACCUCCACCGCCAGUCUGGGAGAAGGAGUAGAAGGAGAGGACUUCCCACCUUUUGAUGCUGAUAUUGAUGCCACCACCACAGAAUCCUACAUGGGAGAGUGGAAGAAUGACAAACGUUCAGGUUUUGGCAUAAGUGAGAGAUCAAGUGGCCUGAAGUAUGAGGGUGAGUGGCUGGAUAACGUGCGGCAUGGAUAUGGUUGUACCACAUUGCCUGAUGGGAAAAAGGAAGAAGGAAAAUACCGCAUGAACGUAUUGAUCAAAGGCAUGAAGAAACGGGUAAUACCUCUAAAAAGUGCAAAGAUAAGGCAGAAAGUGGACCGGAACAUAGAAGGUGCUCAGAGAGCAGCAGCCAUCGCCAGGCAGAAAUCUGAGAUUGCAGCUUCUAGGACUGCCCAUGCCAAAGCCAAGUCAGAAGGUGCAGAACAAUCAGCUAUAGCAGCUAACAAUGAAUCCAUGUUAGCCAGGUCGAUGGCCAGAGAAUUGUCUCCAGACUUCUAUCAGCCAGGACCUGAAUAUCUGAAGAGGAGGCUACUCCAGGAACUCAUGGAAAAUGAGGAGAAUGUGGAGCAUAUACAAGAAACACCCCCUGUUGAAGAGACAUCUCCAGCAACACCUCCAGAAAGCCCUCAAGGUGAUGAGCAGGAGUUUAUGAAACCUAAGGAGAGCCCAGCUCCAACUCCAUCACCAUCUGGCACACCACCCGAGGCCAAGCGUGCUAAGCAGGGUUCUCAGAAAGAUGGUUUUCUCAGCCCUGGGAACUGGAAUGGAGAUCAUACCAAGAAUGGGAAUUAUACAGGAAGUAGACCCAACACAUCUUCUAGUGUUCUACUGGCACCAGCGGAGAAGUCAGGAAGUAACAUCAGAUCUGCUUCUCAGAGCCCCAGCCAUCCUAGCCAUAUGAAGAUUGCUACUGAUAGGAUGGAGAUCAAGCCUCUUGAAAGGAUACAGAAAGAAGGUGAAGUUAAAUUAUUUGAGGGGUAUCACAGUUAUGCUGUUCGGACCUCUCCAGUUACUCCCCCGUUGGAUAAUGAAGAAGAAUUCUCGGACUCCACAUUUCCUACUAUGUCAAAAUCCCUGGAGCCAGAAUCUGAUGUGAAAGCAGUGGAUCACAAAUUAGAGCUAGAAAAGAGGGAAAGUACACCUGUCACUCACCACGAACCAGGUCACAAAGAGAAAAAAAUAAUCAAGACAGAAUCUAAGCUUGAGCCCAAACAACAUCCACCUGAGCCUAAAGUGGAAGAGAAAGUAGAAGCCGUGAGCGAAACCAAGCCUGAAGCCAAGAUGGUAGCUAAAACUGAGCCCAAGACUCUGGUGAAAAAAGUUUCUCCACCAGAAGCAGCCACAAAAGAAGUGGUAGAGAAAGAAGAGGGACCUAACACAAUAAUCAUCUGCAUGGUCAUUUUAUUGAACAUUGGCCUGUCUAUCUUAUUUGUACAUUUUCUGACAUGAUGAGAUACUGAAACAAGAAGUUUAUGCUGGUCCAAACAACCAUCCUGAUCAGAGAUAACAUCAGCCAUUCAGAGCUAUGUUAAAAGGAAGAAGCAUAGAAGCACCCAGUGAGUGUACUGUGGUCAUGAACAAUGCUUCUGGCAAACUUUUCUGCUCCAACCAUAACGGGAAGAGAUCUCAAAUUUUACAACUUCUUUUACUCUUCCUUUUGUUUUGAGUCUGCAUUGCUUUGAAGAUAAUUUUGAUGAACUACACUGCCACUUGUUGAAAAAACAAGGAUUCAUCUUAAUUGUGGAAUGGAAACACAAACUAAAAAAGUCUUUUUUUUGAAUUUCACUGUGAAAGCAUCAGACUUAGUGGUACAAAUCUUCCAAUCCCCACAUUUCUAACUUGUGCUGCAGCUCUGAAUCAUGAUUAACUUCAUGAAGGUGCUGAAGGUGGCCGGGGAUGGGGGGCAUUCAUGCAUGCCCCUUGUUGUAUUUUGAGCAAUUAUCCAAGUUCCCUGGGGGGAAAAAAACAGUUUGCUAAAAAUCAGUAAUAUGGUCUUAGUCAAAAAAAAGAUAGAAUCACUAGGAAAAGUUUAGAACCUAGGGCUUAAAACUUUUUCCUGCCUUGUAAGGGACUCCUCCCGCUCUCCCCAAUCCUAUAUUCUGCAUUCUAGAAGCUGUAGCUUUUUGUUCUUUCUUCUUCUUUUAGCUCUAUUAGGAACCCAAGGUAUUUGGGCAUUCAAUUUUUCUCUCUUCCCCCACUGUCCAAGCUGAUGCUUCUCUCCACCAGCAAAGCAAUACAUUCAUUUCUUUCUCAAACCUUUUCAAUCUCAAACUGAGUUUAGGAUUUGGAUAUGAAUAAUUUUUCAGCCACUUUUGUAGCUAAUAUAGAAGUGGAGCAAAGCAUCAUAUGAUGAAGAACUGACUCAGUUGGAACUAUCUGGAUAUCUAAAUGUCUAGCAGGCUUUUGCGGGCUUUUGCAGCUUCUUUUAUCUCUGGUGUGUUGUUCCCCAUAUUUGCUUACACAGAUAUGUUUUAAUAUGGCUAGCUGACAGUAGUGGGAGAGGGCCAGGGUAGUAGCUCUUUCUUUGCUUCUAAAAGUUUCCAUUUAGAUGUGCUCCUUCCUUAGCACUUGUAGCACCUGGGCCAGUAGCAGUUGAGGGACUCCGAGGAGUUGGUAUAGCAACUUGUCGACAUUGUGUAUAAGCCUAAAUGGUUGUUUUUGUCAGUCAUACUGGGUGUUAUUUUCUUUGGAGAUUAGUCCUAUUAAAUAUCUUCUCAAAGCAAACGCUUUGAAAGAAGCUCACCAAAGAAGUUGAAGGCUUUAAAGAAAAGACGACUCUCCCAACCACAAGUGUCACAAAGCUUCCAGGAUGAACUGCACGCAUCAUAGAGCUAGCACCACAAAUGGAGCAUCAGCCAGUGAAGCCAAGGAUCCAGAAAGGAGUGGAUGGAGAACUGGGACAAGAAUGAAAUAUGGGCAAGCAAUCUUCUUGAUAACCAAUUGGUAACAUGUCCCCUAAUUAAUUCUAGGUAUAGUUUCCCCAUGCAAACCAAAAUGAAUACAGCAUUAAGAAAAAUUGUUGGUUUCACCUGUUUCUAAUUCUAUUUAAGAAGUCUUAUCUUCUAAAACAAGGUCCCUUCCAACUCUGUUGAAGUAAACACUGCAAUAAGAAGCUUUUUUUUUUAAUUGAUUAGCAGAUCUCAUUCUAGGACAUAAGUAAAGUCACAAUUUUUAAAAAAAUGAAAAUAAAUCAUAUCUUCUUUUAUGGAUUUCAGUGCAAGGAUGCUGAAAUCUGGUCUUACUGUAAGCAAUUCUUUUUGCGAUGCUGAUUAGCAGCAAUUAAACACCAUGAAACUUGUUUAGCUUACUAACUAUAGGCUGCAUUUUAAUGUGGCUUGCUAUAAAUUUUAGUAGAUGAAAUCUGUGCUCAUUUAAUAACUAUAAGGUGCCUUGAUUAUUUUUGUUGCUAGCUUUGUUUCUCUCCUUCCCACCCUAAAAUUAGACCUGUGGCAAGAUCCAUUUUAUACUCCAUCCUUUUCUGUAUUAUUCAGAUGGCUUGUCAUUGAAAUUUCAGUAUGUGAAUUGGUCUUUAAAGUGUUGGCUGCUCCCUUUCCCAACUUUCUUUGAGGGGGAAAGAACAAGGAUUUUGUUUCCAAAAAGAUUUUUAAAAAGUGCCUUAUUUAAAACUGACAAUGAUUUGUUAUAUGUAUAUGUAUCAUGAGAGGAAAAUUAAUAGGUUACUGUAUAAGAGACUGUAAUUGUAGGUGCUAAAAGGUGACAGGAUUUUAAGUGCAGCAGGUGAAUUGUGUUUUCAAACCAGGUGACUUACAACUCAUGAAUUGCUGAAAAUGAAUUUGGAAGACAGGAGUGCUGUUCUUGACAGCUUGUUUAAUAAAUACUCUGCUUUGAAGGAGGAGAAAAACAAGAUUUCUAACAAUGAACGAGGUAUGGCAACGCCACUCAGAAAAUUGUGCGAACUAUCUUGCCCUUCAAAGGAUGGAAAUAUUUCUUCAAAAAUGAAAUGAUAGCAAUAUAGGCAGUUUUGAGGCUUUUAUUGUUACAUUUCCUUUUCAUCUGAAUAUAUUCCCUUAAACAUAACCAGGCUGUUAUUUGCUUUUGAAACCUGACAGCUUCUCCUCUGGCUUUCUAGGUGUACAGUUUAAUAUGCCAGCAGCUUUACAACAGGGAAAGUGAUUUUGUUUGAAAGACAUCAAUGUCCUUUAUUUAUCAUGAAGUGCAAAAUUGAGUCUUUUUGAAAAAAUAUUAGGGUUAUUCCCAUCCACCUUUGAAUUCUCUUUUGCAGAAAUACUGUGUGGUUAUUUUCUUCGUUAUGUUUUGUUCUCUGCAAUGUAAUGACAAGCAUAAAAUAAAUACAAUUGCUGUCUGUGACAUAUAUAGGGUAGGAUCCACAAACUAUCCGUCCAGAGGCUGUUGUUUUUUAAAAUUAUUUUAUUUUAGACAGCUGGAUCUCUAUGCCAAAUUGCAAAACUGAUUUUGAAAUUUGUCCUUUUCAAAUGUAAUACGGCUGAUGAUUACAGCACAAAAUGCUCUCACUUGGAGUGCAAAAUAUUUUUGACUGUCCUUGCCAUAUUUGUUUGUUUGUUUAUAUAUAUAUAUAUAAACCUCUUUAAGGAUAUAUAUAUAUAUCCUUAAAGAGAAUGAGUUUCUAGGUGCUUGUGCAUACAUUGGUAUCCCCUGAUUCGCUAGCAACUGCUUUGUUUACAUUAGAAGGACACGCCUUCACCAAAGAAAUAAAUAAGUAAUUUAAUAGAAUCACAUAUGGCCUUUUGGCUCUCAAACAAUGCCAGUUCUUCCUACAGUCCUGCGAACCUUGACUUUUAAGAUUGUUCAAAGGAUCUUCUCUAUUCCUUGUUCCCAAUGCCAGCUUGAACAAGAUGACCCAAAAAAUCCAGAGCCUCCUAUGGAAGUCCUUACAGGUGUGAGUUUUUCCAUUCGUGCACAAGAGGCCUCUUUUAAGAUGAAUGGAAAGGUCCUACAGGAAAGAGAUUUGCUUCCUACUUCUUACCUCUUCCAAAUAACUUCUGGAUUGGGACUAAUGUGUGCACAAACCCUGUGGAGUUUUACUUCCUCGGGUGAGCAGGAGCAGGUUUACCUCAAUUUGCAUGCCUUCAAACAUAGUUUGAUAUUCUUAAAAUGUUCAGGGCUUUCUAAAUGACAGAUGUAUCAUCACCAGAAACAUACCUUUUGAAAUCACAUGUUUUAAAAAUAAAAAUAAAUAAAAAUUGACAAUUUGUGCAAUGCUA